AAGAAAAUAUUGAAUUGUUGAAAGAGUAAAAAAUGUGGAAAGCUGUACUUUCCGACUUGAAUGACUUGGAACGUCCUAUUCAUUGUAAACCUACAACUAACGACUACUCUUCUUCUUCUUCUCCUCCUACAGGUUCUGUUGCGAGUCCUUUAUAUGCCACUUCUAAUAACAACAACAACCACUCUUCUCCAGUUGUUGCUCGUGUACCUUUACAAGAUUGUUUAUCAUGUACAGGUUGUCUUACUUUGGCUGAAGAACAAUUAUCUAUUCAGAGUAGAUAUCAAGUAAUACAACUUUGUGAUAGUUGGUUGGAACAAGGACAACAAGUCGUGUUUUCCUUGCAACCACAAACCAUAGCUGCUAUAGCUGUACACUUGGGUGGUUUAGAUUAUACUCAAGUGGCACAAAAAAUAGCCUAUGCUUGUAAACAAAAGGGUGUUGGUUGGGUAACUGAUCAAAAAGAAGCAAGAUAUCUUAGUUUAUUGGAAACAUGGGAAGAACUCAUACAACGAUAUGAAAAGGAGAAGAAUCGAUUGCCGUUGAUUAUUUCAGCUUGUCCUGCUUGGGUUUCUUUUAUGAAAAGAAAACGACCAGAAUGGAUGGAUUGUUUAUCGCAGGUGUAUAGUCCAGCGCUGAUGACGGGAUAUUUAUGGAAAAAGAGAAAACCAAAUAUCAAACAUGUGGCUAUUAUGUCUUGUUAUGAAAUGGCAGUACAGACACAAACACAAGCUGUGGAAUAUCCUAAUGGCAUAUUGGUGGAUGCUUUAUGGACAACUGAACAAUUGAUGCAAUGGUUGGAUUGGAAUCAUGGAGAUGAUAUCGAUUCCAUUCCAUCAACUCCAUUGGAUACUACUUGGAUAUCGUUGGAAAGAGAUUUGUGUAAAGGUACAAGUCACGGAUAUUUUUGGAUGGCAGUAGAGAGAUGGAUAGAUAAAGUGACCAUCGAACAAAAUGGACAACCACCUCAAGUAGAAUGGAUGACAAAACCUGAACAAAGAGAUCAUCAACAACAAGUUUAUAUUCAAUGGAAGUCGAGUCAAGAUGGAACGAUGAAAAGAGUGGGUAUGAUUUUGGCAUAUGGUUAUCAAUCUUUGCAACGUUGGGUGAAGCGUGGAUUGGAUUCCGAUAUCAUUCUUUUGGAAGCAAUGGCCUGUCCUCAUGGCUGUGUCAAUGGAAGUGGACAAUUGUUGACCCAUCAAACAAAAACUCCUAAAGAACAACGACAAUAUUUACAAUCCAUAAUGGAAGAAUAGUUGUAGUUGUUGGGAUGAACAAAGUCAAGCU